AUUCAGCAUCAGACCUCCUUCCCCUCCUGGAAUGAUCUUUCCCUGAAAGAUACUGGAGCCAAUGGACCGGCUGCUGGAGCCAGCAAAAGGGAAGCUUAAGAUCUUCCAGAAGAUGGAACAAGGGAACACAUUAACAGCAUGGGCUCCAGCGGACAAGUACUACACUGCCUUGGUUACCGGGGACCUGGGUCAGCUUCAAGCUCUGACUGCCAAACAUUAUGGAGAUGUCAAUGUGGUUUUUGAGAUCAAUAAGAAUGAGAUGGAAUGGCAGGUGAAAUCCCCAGUCACUUUUGGACUGUCAGGCCUGUGGUCCCUGGAGUACAAGAGGGAGCUCACCAAUCCCCUGUGCAUCGCUGCGGGCCAUGGUCAUACGGACUGUGUGAGGCACCUGCUCCAUGAGCACGCCAAUGCCGACGCCACCCCAGGCGGUAGGAGUGCCCUGCACGAGGCCUGCCAGGCAGGUCACACAGACUGUACUCAGCUGCUGCUGGACUAUCAGGCCAACCCCAACCUGCUGAGCGAUGAGGGCUUCGCGCCCCUGCACCUGUGCCGCUCCCAGAAUACCCUCGGCUGUGCCAAGAUCCUGGUGAAAUAUGGUGCUUUAGUAGACCAACCGAGCGAGGAGACUCAGGAAACACCGCUCCACACAGCAGCUGAGCAUGGCCUCCCUGAUCAUGUGUACCUGUACCUGAAGAAUGGGGCAAGGGUGGACCCCAAGAAUAGUCAUAAAGAGACUCCUCUCAGUGUGGCCUGUGGGCAAGCCAAAAAGCUGGAGGACCAAGCUUGCUAUUUACGGGUGUGCAAGUUACUGCUGCUCUAUGGGGCAGAUGUAAAUAGCACAGAUGAGGAAGACAAGAGCCCACUCCACAAAGCCAGCAAGAAUGCCAACCAUGGCUUGGUACAACUCCUGCUAAGGAACAAAGCUGACAUCAAUGCCAUAGACUACAACGGAGCCUCCCCCAUGGCUUGUGUCUUACAGAGUGCCUCCUUCAAGAGAGAACUCAAGCCCCAUCAGACAGUGCAAAUGCUCCUCAACCAUGGUUCCCAGAAGAUCUGGCCUGCAGCUUUUGAGAAGGUGCUGAAGUUGUGUGCCUCUACACCGGAAGUCAUUGAAAUCCUAUUCAAUUCCUACUCUCAAAACUGUGUAUCAGAGAAAUGGAGAGCGGCCAUUCCUAAAGAAAUAUUUCAGAUGCACCUGUCCUUUUACCAGUCUUUGUUUACACUGUCUUGUACCACUCGAGGUCUACAACAUUUAUGCCGAUGUGCCAUUCGGAAACAGCUUGGUAGUAAAUGUUACGAUCUGAUCCCUCUGUUACCAGUGCCUAAGUCUCUCCAAAACUUCUUACUAUUGGAGCCAAAGGGGAUAGUGUUUUGAAGAGUCACCAGAAAUAAGUAGAUUUAAUACUUUCCCAGUAGAGCUAAAAAGCCUGCCUUGGUCUUCAUGGUUAAGACUUUAUUCCCCCUAUUUCCUUAGACUUUGUAUCUUGUGGUGUCUCCCAAACCAAAGCUAGCAGAUGAAGCAGUAAGGAAACACUACACCAAUUAUCAUUCAGAAGAAAAACCCCAUCUAAAACCCCUAAAGACAGUGUGAUUCCUAGAUGGAACAGAUUUCAGCAGUAAAGGAACCUCCAAGAACAAAACAGACAACCACAAUCCCUUAAAGUGAUCCCAAUAUUAAGGCUACAUUCUAAAACUCAACUCACCC